AGGAGCUCUCCUCCACACCCUUCAGACUUGGCACCGCCAAACCCACUCAAUCGCGCACUGAUUCGCACCCUUUCUUCCAUCUUUGCUCUUAUGGCGCUCCACCUCCACGGCCUCAUCCUCCGCUCCUUCUUCCCCUCCUCGCAUCGCCAAGCCGCCUCCACUGCCGGAGCGCCCUUCUUCCUUCCUCAUCCGACCUUUCCGCCGUGCACUCCCCGUCUUCCUCUCCGUUUCAAGCCCCGUAGGAAUUACCCGUCCGUCACCGGGAGGCUCAACUCGUGCUCUCCGCCGGCGGCCUCCGCAGCAGUCUCACAAACAGCAGAACCCGUAAAACUCACACAUUUGGAGAGUAACAGUUGGCUGUGGGAUGUCGACGGAGUCAGGAUGUUGGUAGAUCCGAUCCUGGUGGGGAACUUGGACUUCGGCGUGCCUUGGCUCUACGAUGGAGCUAAGAGAUUUUUGAAGAACUUCAAUCUGCAGGAUCUUCCUGAGCUCGAUUGCUUGCUGAUCACGCAGAGCCUUGACGACCAUUGCCAUGUCAAGACCCUGACUCCUCUCUCGAAAAUGCUUCCCGAGUUGCCUGUCAUCGCCACCCCUAAUGCUGAGGCGAUUUUGACCACUCUGUUUAAAAAUGUUACCUAUUUAGAACCGGGUCAAAGCAUUGAUUUGGAGGGAAAAAAUGGAAGUAAAGUUAAAGUCUCUGCAACUGAAGGUCCAAUUUUGGGGCCUCCUUGGCAGAGGCCAGAAAAUGGGUAUAUAGUUGAAUCUGGACAAAGCCAUUUGACUCUCUACUAUGAGCCACACUGUGUAUACAACAGUUCCUUUCUACAAAAUUACCAGGCUGAUGUUGUCAUAACUCCAGUCAUUAGGCAACUGCUUCCUGGUUUCACUUUAGUCUCUGGACAAGAAGAUGCUGUGCUUCUCGCAAAGUUGUUGAAAGCCAAAUACAUUGUUACAAUGAAAAACGGUGACCUCGACGCCAAAGGACUUCUUUCAUGGAUUCUUUAUGCGGAGGGCACAACAGAAUCAUUCCAGGAAUUGCUGUUGAAGGAAUUGCCAAACGUCCAGGUGUUGGAGCCUACGCCUGGUGUGCCAUUGGAGAUACCUGUGGUUUCUGCUGUCUCACAGUGAAGCUCCUAAAUAUACAAAACUGUUUUUCUUUUUUUACCAAUUAUAUAUAACACAGUCCAAUCACAAGUAUGCGUGUGUAUAUUCUUGCUUUCUUCUUCAGUUUCAGUUCAAGUAUUAGAGGAAUGAUUUCGCAGUCGUAUGCAAACAGCAACACGAGAGGAGAAAGUUCCGAACGCUUUCAGUA